AUGUUGAUUCAUGACUUUGAUAUGCUUGACUUUCUCAGUGGCGGCCAAAUACCAGAAUCUGUCACCGCCACUGGCCACAGCUACCACCCGGAGAUCAAAGAGAUUGGUGAUGUCGACAUUUGUGCAGUGAUGUUCAAGUAUCCUAGUGGCCUCAUCGCCAUGGUGGAUACUUGCCGAGACGUUAUGACCAGCGCAUCGAGGCCUUUGGUGAGCGAGAAUGAACUCACCAGCACAGUCGAGCUCGCGAAGGCAGAUGGCCAUCGGAUGCCUUCAGCCAUGCACAGCUUUCCGCAACGAUACCUUCAGGCCUAUCGCUCUGAGCUGACGGAGUUCAUCGAGCUGGUGCGGGCCGGCCCAGAGAGCGAGAUGCAUCGCCUGGAGCAGCAGGCAAUGCUGCGACAUCCCAACGUUGUCCGGACCACCAUCACGGCGGAGAUGUCCUGGAAGCAGGGAAAGACCGUGAACCUUGCAGAGCUCAUGUCUGACACACCCUCCGCAGGCUAUCCUGCAUAG